AUGUGGUGGACGAAAGUACGCGAGAAUACCGACCACGAACUCGCCGUGGAUCUGAAGCCUUUCUCGCUGGUUCAGGUGAAUCACGACAACAACAACGACGACGGUUUCAAGUUCUGGGAGCAGGAUGACUCCGACAACACGCUGCUCGAGCUGCGCGCCGGCAUCUCCGCUCAGCGCCAGGGCCAGGAGAUCUUCGACAAAUUCUUUAUCAACCUGCUCCGGGCCCGGCACGAGGACCGCAUCGACCUGACCGAUGCCGACGCCAUCAACGCGGUGGCCGAGGCCUCCGGUGUCGAUAUGGGCCGGUUUGCCGAGGACCUGGCCGACCCGGACGUUCUCCGCGAGAUCGGUGAGAGCCAUACCGAGGCCGUCGAGGUCCACGGCGCCUUUGGCGUGCCCCUCUACGUCUUCCCCAACGGCAACUCCGCCUUCGUGAAGAUGUUUAUCCCGUCCGACGACGAGUCCGGCCCAAUCUACGACAACCUGGUCGAGAUGAUGGCCGACCACAAGCAUGUCGGCGAGAUCAAGCGUCCGUCCCCGCCGUGGCCCUAUGAGGGUGUGCGCGGAUAA